GAUCGAAAUAUCACUGCAGUUACAAAGAACCGUAAGAAUGAUGGCAUUUUAAAAGUUCUCAAUGUAAAGAAAGAGAACCAUCAAGUAAUAGGAAUUUCUGAGUUUUCAAAAGGGAUAAAGUCCCCCGAUACCAAGGAUGUUGACGACAAAGUAAAACUUGGCCGAAACGCCAUGCGAAUAUUAAACAAACUACUUGACACAACUCUUGUCUUAGAUGGAGAAAUUCGCAUACGAUAUAUGGCACGGCCACUUCCAUCAAUAUAUCUGUAUGAUGAAUUUGCGUGCAUCAAGCUUCCCAACAGCUUCGAUGAUAUGGAACAAUUUGCAACGGACAUGGCAUUUCUCAUGAAUUUUCAGAAAGAUGUCUUGAAGACAGUUAAGUCGGUAAAAAAAUCAACUGGGGAUAAAAGUGUAUAUAAAUCUGAAGUCAACUUCACACCAGAACGUGCAAAGAAAAAUAAUG